AUGAACUACCUGCGGCGCCGCCUGUCGGACAGCAACUUCAUGGCCAAUCUGCCGAAUGGGUACAUGACAGACCUGCAGCGCCCGCAGCCGCCCCCGCCGCCGCCCUCUGCUGCCAGCCCCGGAGCCACACCCGGUUCCACGACUGCCACUGCCGAGAGAACCUCCGCGGCCGCCCCAGUGGCCUCACCGGCAGCCCCUAGUCCUGGGUCCUCAGGAGGUGGUGGUUUCUUCUCGUCGUUGUCCAACGCGGUCAAGCAGACCACAGCGGCUGCGGCCGCCACCUUCAGCGAGCAGGUGGGCGGAGGCUCUGGGGGCGCAGGCCGCGGGGGCGCCGCCGCCAGGGUGCUGCUGGUCAUCGAUGAGCCCCACACCGACUGGGCCAAAUACUUCAAAGGGAAAAAGAUCCAUGGAGAAAUUGACAUAAAAGUAGAGCAGGCUGAAUUCUCUGAUCUCAACCUUGUGGCUCAUGCCAAUGGCGGGUUCUCUGUGGAUAUGGAAGUUCUUCGGAAUGGGGUUAAGGUUGUGCGGUCUCUGAAGCCAGACUUUGUGCUGAUCCGCCAACACGCCUUCAGCAUGGCACGCAAUGGAGACUACCGCAGUUUGGUCAUCGGGCUGCAAUAUGCUGGAAUCCCCAGUGUGAACUCCUUGCAUUCUGUCUACAACUUCUGUGACAAGCCCUGGGUGUUUGCACAGAUGGUUCGGCUGCACAAGAAACUGGGGACAGAAGAGUUUCCACUAAUUGACCAGACCUUCUACCCCAACCAUAAAGAGAUGCUCAGCAGCACAACGUACCCUGUGGUUGUGAAGAUGGGACACGCACACUCUGGGAUGGGCAAGGUGAAGGUGGACAACCAGCAUGACUUCCAGGACAUUGCAAGUGUUGUGGCACUGACCAAGACAUAUGCCACAGCUGAACCCUUCAUUGAUGCCAAAUAUGAUGUGCGUGUCCAGAAAAUUGGGCAGAACUACAAGGCUUACAUGAGGACAUCGGUGUCUGGGAACUGGAAGACCAACACUGGCUCUGCAAUGCUUGAGCAGAUAGCCAUGUCUGACAGGUACAAGCUGUGGGUGGACACGUGCUCGGAGAUUUUUGGGGGACUGGACAUCUGUGCAGUGGAAGCACUGCAUGGCAAGGACGGAAGGGACCACAUCAUUGAGGUGGUAGGCUCCUCCAUGCCACUCAUCGGUGACCACCAGGAUGAAGAUAAACAGCUCAUCGUAGAGCUUGUGGUCAACAAGAUGGCUCAGGCCUUGCCACGGCAGCGGCAGCAACAGCAGCAGCGAGAUGCCUCCCCUGGCAGGGGCUCCCACAGCCAGGCUCCUUCCCCAGGGGCCCUGCCCUUGGGUCGCCAGACCUCCCAGCAGCCUGCGGGGCCCCCAGCUCAGCAACGACCUCCACCACAGGGUGGCCCUCCACAGCCCGGCCCAGGCUCCCAGCGCCAGGGCCCCCCAUUGCAGCAGCGUCCACCUCCACAGGGCCAGCAGCACCUUUCAGGCCUUGGACCCCCAGCUGGCAGCCCCCUGCCACAACAGCGCCUACCAAGUCCCACAUCGGCACCCCAGCAGCCUGCAGCUCAGGCUGCACCACUGACCCAGGGUCAAGGCCGUCAGUCCCGGCCAGUGGCAGGAGGCCCAGGAGCGCCUCCAGCAGCUCGUCCACCUGCUUCCCCAUCUCCCCAGCGCCAGGCUGGUCCCCCACAGGCUACCCGCCAGACAUCUGUCUCUGGUCCGGCUCCACCAAAGGCUUCGGGGACCCCACCGGGUGGGCAGCAGCGCCAGGGUCCGCCCCAGAAACCCCCAGGCCCCGCUGGCCCCACACGCCAGGCAAGCCAGGCAGGUCCUGGGCCCCGCACUGGGCCACCCACUACGCAGCAGCCUCGGCCUAGUGGCCCAGGCCCUGCCGGACGUCCAGCCAAGCCACAACUGGCCCAGAAACCCAGCCAGGACGUGCCGCCACCUGCCACCGCUGCUGCCGGGGGACCCCCGCACCCCCAGCUCAACAAAUCCCAGUCUCUGACCAAUGCCUUCAACCUUCCAGAGCCAGCCCCGCCCAGGCCCAGCCUUAGCCAGGAUGAGGUGAAAGCUGAGACCAUCCGCAGCCUGAGGAAGUCUUUCGCCAGCCUCUUCUCCGACUGACACCCCUCCCCCAAGAACCCCCAAAUCCCUGGGCAACCGUUCUCUGGGCCCCGGAAUCCAUUUCUCACCUUUCAGGAAUCCCCAGAUCCCUCAAGGACCCCCUUUCUCCUUGGUUCUCAUUCUUCCUCCAGCUGCUCAAGUCCCUUGACACACUUCAUGCCUGGUCCUAAAGCUCUGUCUGCCCCAUCUGCAAACCCCCAGUCCUUGUAGAACUGUGC